AUGCGCUUUAACGACGACCGUUGGACCAGAGCCGUGAGCGACUGGGUUCCCCGCGAUAUUAAGCGCACUACAGGAAGACCGCCGACACGAUGGUCAGAUUUCUUCACGAUGUCCUUGAAACAAAAAUGUGAUGCUCUUCGUGUCCGACGCGAAAGGAGGAACCACUGGGCUACUCUGGCACGCGAUCGGGACAAAUGGAAGAAUUAUUGGCGCCCGCUCGACCAAUUCGAAGAUCAACGGGAGUCAAGGUGA